AUGCACUGUGAUAUUGUUGUUUAUGUUCCUAAGAAGCUUCACAAUAAAUUCGAGCCUUCAUUCUUCCAUUAUGACGGCAAUUAUGAUACUGACAAAAUCAAGAACUUUUUGGUUCAAGAAACGAAUGGACUUUGCGCGAUUCGUACACAAGGCAACCUCUUCCAAUUUACACAGCGUCCACAUAUUGUUGUCUAUUACAACGUUGAUUAUGCCAGAGAUCCUAAAGGCUCGAAUUACUGGCGCAAUCGUGUGUUAAAGGUUGCACAAGACUACAAACGAAAAGCAUUCUUUGCUGUCAGCAACAAAGACGAAUUUUCUAAUGAAAUUGAACAGAAUGGUCUUGCUGACAGAAAAGAAAGUGAUAAACCUUUGGUUGCUGCUUUUACGGAUGAUGGGAAAUAUCCCAUGAAUAAGGAAUUUAGUGUUGAAAACUUGAAGCAAUUUGUUGAUGAUCUCUUGGCCAACAAGCUUGAGCCGUACAUGAAGAGCGAACCAGUGCCUGCAGAACAAGGCGAUCUGAAAGUUGUAGUUGCUAAGAACUUCAAGGAGUUGGUGACAGAUUCUGACAAGGAUGUCUUGAUUGAAUUUUAUGCUCCUUGGUGUGGUCAUUGUAAGAGUCUCGCUCCCAAAUAUGAACAACUUGCUGAAAAGAUGGCCAAAGAGGAUGUGGUCAUUGCCAAGUGUGACGCAACAGCAAGUAGUACGAGUUCCUUAGUCCUAAAGAAUACCUAAAAGUGAGGGUCGACUACUAUAUAGUCUUCAAACUGGUAGUAGGGAAUCACUGAGGAUCAUUGUGUUGAGUAGUUAUUUUUGUUACAACUUAAUAAUUUCUAUUUUUCAGAUGAUGUUCCACCGAGAUUCGAUGUCAAAGG